AGGAGACCAAAUUGCCAUUAUUUAUGACAGUCCUGUAACAAAUACCAAAGAGAAAAUAACAUAUAAGGAACUUUUGGAACAGGUCUCCAAGUUAGCUGAUGUCAUGAUCAGACAUGGUGUGAAGAAAGGAGAUCGUGUGGUCAUCUACAUGCCCAUGAUUCCACAGACCGUGUACUGUAUGCUGGCUUGUGCGAGAAUAGGAGCCAUCCACAGUCUGAUUUUUGGUGGAUUUGCAUCUGCAGAGCUUUCAGUUCGCAUUGAUCAUGCAAAGCCCAAACUUAUUGUAACAGCGAGUUUUGGAGUAGAACCGAAAAGGAAAGUGGAAUACGUAUCUCUCCUAGAAGCAGCACUGGCAAGGGUACAGAGCAAACCUGAUAAAGUUCUUGUUUACCAACGACCUAAUUUGGGCCAUGUUCCUCUUACCAAAGGUCGGGAUCUUGACUGGGAAGAAGAGCUUGCAAAAGCACAGUAUUCAAAAUGUGUCUCCGUUCCCUCAGACCAUCCACUUUAUAUUCUGUAUACAUCUGGAACAACAGGUUUGCCCAAGGGUGUUGUGAGACCAACUGGUGGCUAUGCAGUUAUGCUAAACUGGACCAUGUCAGCUGUAUAUGGCCUCAAACCUGGUGAGGUAUGGUGGGCAGCUUCUGAUUUAGGCUGGGUUGUUGGUCAUUCCUACAUUUGCUAUGGACCUCUUCUUCAUGGUAAUACUACAGUUUUGUAUGAGGGGAAGCCUGUGGGAACGCCAGAUGCUGGUGCCUAUUUCCGUGUGCUAGCAGAGCAUGAAGUAGCUGCCUUCUUUACUUCACCAACUGCAAUUAGAGCAAUCCGUCAGCAGGACCCUGAGGCAGCCUUGGGAAAGCAGUACUUGCUGAAAAGGUUCAGAACGAUGUUUGUAGCUGGUGAGCACUGUGAUGUGGACACGCUAGAAUGGUCAAAAAGAAUCUUCAAGGUACCUGUCCUGGACCACUGGUGGCAAACUGAAUCUGGUUCUGCAAUUACGGCUUCCUGCAUUGGUUUGGGAAACUCUACAACACCUCCACCCGGACAGGCAGGAAAACCAGUGCCAGGAUAUAAUGUCAUGAUUCUGGAUGAAAAUAAGAAACCAGUGAAGGCAAAGACUUUGGGAAAUAUUGUGGUAAAGUUGCCUUUGCCUCCUGGAGCAUUCUCAGGCCUUUGGGAAAAUCAAGAAGCAUUUCAGAAGUUAUAUUUCCAAAAAUUUCCAGGAUAUUAUGAUACUAUGGAUGCUGGUUAUAUGGAUGAGGAUGGAUAUCUAUAUGUCCUGUCUCGAGCUGAUGAUGUGAUCAAUGUUGCUGGGCACAGAAUUUCAGCAGGUGCGAUUGAAGAGUGUAUCCUCUUCCAUCCCGCUGUGGCAGACUGUGCUGUUGUGGCCCAGGAGGAUCCUUUGAAAGGACAUGUUCCAUUUGCACUGUGUGUACUGAGACAAGGUGUAAAGACACAAGAGAGUAAGAUUUUGAAAGAGAUUGUUGAGCGGGUUCGGACCAACAUUGGUCCAGUAGCAGCUUUCCAGAAGGGGAUGUUUGUGACACAGCUACCAAAAACACGCUCUGGCAAGAUUCCACGUUCUGCUCUCUCUGCACUCAUCAGUGGAAAGCCAUACAAGAUGUAGAAUAGUGAGAUGGCCACUUUUUUGUAUUUUAAAUAAACACUGUCAACUGAAGCAAACCUGAAAAAAUCAAUAAUAUGCCAAGUCAGUGCUUUUCCAUUCCCAAAUUCAACUCUCCCGGACUCGGUUCAUCCUAGUUAAAUGAACACAGUUGUGGUGCAAGACAGACAUGCAUUAAGUCAACUUGGCAUGCCAGGACGAGCCUCGUGCUUUCCAAGAGAAGUGCAGAAACGAGC